GGCUGAGGAGUUUUCCGGCAGCCGGCCACGGAAGCGCUCGGAAGGAAGGGGGACAUUGUUCAUCGCCUCAGCCCGCGCUCCGUGCGGGGAAAGGGCCGUGGAGCCCGGGAUGGAGUUCAGCGAGAUCCUGAUGGUGGCGACGGAGCAGCAGGGGCUCAGCGCGGUGCCGAAACGAUACAGUUUGGCAGUAGGCCCUCCCAAAAAGGAUCCAAAAGUAAAAGGCGUUCACUCAGCAGCAGUGCAAGCUUUCCUCAAGAGGCAAGAGGCGGAUCGUAGGAAAAAAGAUCUGGCUGAAAAAAAAAGAAAAGAAGAACUUUUAGCUAAGCGUGUAGAACUGAAACAUGACCGAAAAGCAAGAGCUAUGGCUUCACGAACAAAGGACAACUUCUGUGGCUAUAAUGGCAUUCCUGUUGAAGAGAAACCCAAGAGAAGGCAGGCUUGUGAAAGCAGAUCGGAUAGACCUACAGAAGCAGUGGAGUGCAUGACAGGUGAUGAAAUGGAGCAAUUUGAAUAUAGUCAGACAGAAUCUGAGCAUGAAUCAGAAAAUUAUGAAGAAAAGCCAUCCAAAGCAUCAGUGAAACCAAAGGUAUCUCACAAGAGUGCACCCCCUCAACUCAAUUUUACAGAUCUUCUAAAACUGGCAGAAAAAAAACAAUAUGAGCCCGUGGAAAUAAAAGUAGUAAAAAAGACAGAGGAAAGACCCAUGACAGCAGAAGAACUGAGAGAGCGAGAAUAUUUGGAGCGAAAAAACAGAAAAGGGGUUGUACUAAAGGAGAAGAAAGGAGAAAAAGAAAUGAAACAUGUAAUAGCAUCAGGUUGUUCCAAAAAAGACCAGUCACAGAAGGUGUUAAUAAAUGCUAAACUCAGCAAGCAUUCCACAGAUACACAUUCUUUUUUUAAAGGAAAUGUUUCUUCCCAAACUGGUAGUGAUAAGAAAGACAAAGGACCAGCGUUGUCCUCUAAACCUAAACACAAUGAGAAAGCAAAACCUGCACUCAAGGGACCGUUAAAAAGUUCAUCGAGCAGUAGUCAUACUAAAGCUGCAGACAAUGGAGGAGGAAAAUCUGGAUUGAAUUCUCAUGCCCUGGUCUUGAAGACUGCUGCUAAUGCAGUUCCGAAACAGUCAUCUGUUAAAGAACCCAGUCUUAAGAAAACUUUCAGCCAUGUAAAACCAACUAGUGUGACUGCUACCCAGCAUGAAAGUAUUAAACAUUCCAACUCUAAGCAGGCAAGCAGCAGUUCAGGCACAGGUGGAUCUCUUCCAAGAAAAAAGAGCAGCUUGAGUACAGGACCAGGGAGGCCCGGGAGCAACUUGAAUACAGAGCGUGGAUUGCAAAGCACUCAUUCAGGCAUGGGACCUGGACGCUCAGGAAGCAGCUCAGGAUCUGUGCAACCGAGCAGCAGUUCAGGUGUGCCACGAAGGCCAGGCAGCAGUGUAGGUAUGGGACCUGGCAGACCAGGAAGCAGUUCAGGACCAAUGCGUUCUGGUAGUGGCCAAAGCACAGGACCUGGGCGGCCAAGUAGCAUGCUAAACAAUGAACUAGGAAAAGGAAUUAGCUCAGGGCCUGGACCAGGAUGGCCAAGCAGCACUUCAGCUGGAAACAUAAAACCAAAGUGCACUGUUGUAUCAGAAACAAUCUCAUCUAAAAAUUUGGUCCCCAGACAAUCUAGUAGCCAGAUGAAUGGAAUGAGGCCAGUAGCACAGCAACGACCUGGGAUUCUGCAACAAGGUUUUCGAAGGCCUUUUCUGCCUGUUACUUCUAAGAGGCCAUAUGAAGAUGAAGAUGAUGAUUCUGAAAUGGAUGACUUCAUUGAUGAUGAAGGGGAACCCCAAGAAGAAAUUUCUAAACAUAUUAGAGAAAUAUUUGGAUAUGAUCGCUCUAAAUAUAAAGAUGAAAGUGAUUAUGCCUUACGUUACAUGGAAAGCAGCUGGAAAGAGCAGCAGAAGGAGGAAGCCAAGAGCUUGAGACUUGGAAUGCAAGAAGAUCUAGAAGAACAGAGACGUGAAGAGGAGGAAUUGAAACGCAAGAAGCAGGCCAAAAAGCUGAGAACGCGUUAACCAAUUAGCCAUAACUUGGGUUUUCUGUUGCUCUUCCAUUUCUUUUCCUCCAUUCUUCCGCUUGACCCAGAUUUCGGCUUCAGUUUUACAUUCAAUAUGAAAGGGUAAUAAACUAUGGAGGAAACACAAAAAUACGAUUUUUUUUUUAGGUUGACCCCCAGAUGAUUAUUUUUAAUACUUGCCAAGGUUUCUUUUUACAAAAAAAUAAUGCACUAAUGGAGAUUAUUAGAUGGAAUAGGUAGGGAAUGAAUGUUACUACUGCCUAAAGUAGUUCAAGGAUGUUGGCAGACUGUUGACUGACUAUGCAUUGGCUUACAGCAUGUGGGCCCCACACACCAGUACAUCAGUCUGCUUUCUUCAUUUUACUUGGAAAACAAAGAAUAUUGCUCCUGUUCUCUUUUAAAAGACAAAGUAUGUCCUGAGUUAUGAAUCCUAAAAUGUCAUUCUUUUUUCUGUUCAGGUAAAGCACGUACUUAAAAUUUAACUGCUGUUACUGAUUUUGAAAGCAAUAGUAAUCUGUACUGUUGUUUCUGUUAGGAGAAUGGGAUCUUCUGAAGAAGUAGCAUUUCGCUAAUGCAUGGCCCAGUUCUCUCCACUGCAGUUGCUGUUGCAGAAUAAACAGGAACAGCAGUAUCCAGUGUGAGGCAGAGCAGCAGCGCUAAUGAGCAACACCUUAACUGCUAAUGUAAACCCCACCCAGCCCCCCUGCUAAGCUUAGUUGCUAGUAGUCGUGUGGGCCUUUUUCUGUGGCCUUGUGAAUAGAAUGCUGGGGGAGGGGGGCCUUUAAAGCCCUGCCUCAACAUUUAGCGGAUUACACAUGCAUUACAUUGAAGCCUUCUGGCUGGCACUGAGUGCAGUGCCUGAUGCUAUCCUGUGCUGCCAUGCAGAAGACAGAAUUGGGCAACUAGCAUCACUUAGAAAUUCUUUCAGUAAGAAACUGGACCAAAAGAUUAAUACGCCUCUUCGAGCUGGAAUUUUAUGCCAAAAAAUUAAGAUGAAAAUAAUAAACAUUUACCUUGGAAAACAUGAAUGUGCAAUGUUUUCAUAUUUAAUUUCUAUGGUUUGGGAUUUCUUACAUUUUAGGAAUAGUUUAAACAUAAUUUUACCCCCAGUUUUUCAGUCUGCAAUUUUGGAUUGUACAUAUUAUGUUAACGACUCCAAAGCCUGCUAGUAUAUAUUACCAUUAGUACCAGAUUUUUCCAACAAAUAUGCCGAUUCAGUCUGUGUUGUUCUGAUUAGACAGCUGGCUAGUUACUCUGAAUUUCAUGAGUUAAUAAAAGUACUGAUAGAUUUUCAACAACUAAGAAUCUUUUCAGUUCGUCAAGAAGUUCCACAUGUCUUUUUUGAUACUUUGCACUCUGAUUCAAGCAGAAGUAAAAGUCCAUAAUGGAUUGGAUCCAGACUAAGUUUCCCAUAGGUAGAAUGGAACUUUCCUGCCUCCCUCCUCCUACUGCAUCCUACUUUCUUUGAAAUUCUUCUCCUAGGGUAUAGGAGGAACAAUAUUGGGGCAGGGGGGAAUCUGCAACAGGAAGGGGGGAAUCAGUGGAAAUUGUCAGUAUAGUCUGGAUUCAGCCCUAUAUGUGCAUGUUGCAAGAGACUGCAUGUUCACUCUGUUCUACAGAAUUUUUUCUGUGUAUACAAAAUCCUAAUUUCAGUCCUAUGUUUUGUGUCUUUUAUUCCCCAAGCACCUGUGAUGUGCUGUCUCAGCAAAAAUCACUGAUAGUUCCUACCAUGAAGAUUAAAUAUCUGGAAAGAAGGACUCCAAACUCCUAAUACAUGUUUCAAAAUGGGAGAAAGUGGAGUGUAAAGUUUUUUGUUUUCGUUUUUUAAAAGCAUUUCCUUAUAAAACCACUCAGCCUUUUUUAGCUCUCUGGAGAACUGUUUGCCUUUGCAGUACCUUCUUGAAAUGGAAAUUUGGGGCAAUUGGUAUAAUUAGAUGGUUACAAUUAAUCUUUUAUUUAACAAGAAUUCUUAUUUAAAAUAAUACUGUAAUCACUAGCAUUUAUUUUUUUGCAGAACUGUGUACGUUAUCACACAAAACUGCUUUAUCUUGGGACUUUCACUGUGUGUGAGUCCAACAGAUGCAUUUGAUUUUGUGUGUGUUCAGCCAAGACAAUGACUGUUGGAAAUAUGACCAAGUUGCUGUUAAUUUUAUAAUUAUCCUAAUGUGAGACUGUCUUAAAUCAUUAGUUCAGAUAUACUCCUUUGGCGAACAUUGGAUCUGGUAACGAAUUUUUAAUAACAGAAUUCUGUACUGCCUAGACUUCUCAUGAGUCUUUCUACCCCACAUGCAUAUUUUUAUCAUUUCUUGAAAGAUUUGUUUAAGACUCUACUUUGAAAUACUUCAGCGUUACUUGUCUUGCAAAAGAUAACUAGAAAUAUUGCUCACCAUUGCACUUAACCAUGCAAUUUUACAUUUCAUAUAAUUUCCAUGAACACUAGCAUAAUGUACUCCAAAAGUAGUCUCUCGUAAUUGUAAUCUCUUUUCAGAUGUUAUGCUGUUUACCCUAUAGUAAUGUAUCUGUUUACAUUCUUUGUGCCUUUCCCCCUUCACCCUUCUUAUUUUGUCACCUUAUAUAAAAAUCUUUGGCUACCAGAUGAAUUGGGAUACCCAAAGUUUUUCCUGAGGUACAUAAAACAUUAAAGCAAAAGUUAGAAUAUAUUUUUUUCCUGCUAGGCAUUGCAUUUGUGAUUUCUCAGAUUGUAUUAGCAAAUCUCCAGCUUGGUAUUCCAAUUCUAUUCAGUGGUUGGAAGAUGUGCCUUGUUUUACAGAUCAUAUUUAAAUCUUUCCUUGAAUGUAGGAAUGGAAUAAAGGGUUAAUUCUCUUAUCAAAGAUGCAAUGUUUAAGCUUGAUUAUGUGAAAUAAUAUAGUUUUCAUAAAGCCUUUCCAUGCCUUGCUUUGCACAGCUACGGUAGUUAAUAUUUAUCGAUACUACUAAAUAAAACUUAAGGGCACUUUGUAUUUAAGUAAAACUUCAUUUGGAAAUUACCUAUGUAUUUUGUUACAACUGUACUUGCACUUCUUACAGCAGUCUCUGUUAGAGGGCAGGGCAGUUGUAUUGUGGAAAGGCUUAGUGAGCUACUUUGUUGUGUACUUCAAAAAUAUAUAUUAAAAACCUUAUUUUUAUAUUAACCAGCAUGACUGGUUUUGAUUUGGCUUUUGCUUUCUGUAAUAUUAAUUAGCCCUGUAGCUAAAGUUUAUUUCUUCAUAUAUAGCAAAAGACCAGAACACACUGGAAAGAAAAUACAUUUUUGAAGAGACUAGUGAAUAAAUUGUGAUGAUUGUUGGAUUUCUAUUUAUUUUGUUGAGUAAGAGUGAUACAAUCAAAUGUUAACAUAUUACCGAGGAUGCUUCUAGAGACCAUGUUUUCAUUUUUGUGAAACUCAUUGUGUUUAGCACAAAAUGACAAAUCAGGUAAAAACUGUUCAGCGUAACUGUUUUCUGGUGCUGUCAAAGUGUAUACUUUUGCACUUUCAGAGUGCAUUCUGAAGCAAGUUAUGUACAUAAUAAAUUACAAACAUUUUAUCUAA